AUGAACAGGGAACUGCAGGAUCCGUUUGCGCAAGAUUUUCCAGACACGGUGGAAAGCUCGCUUGAUUCGUUAGCGAUCAUCACCAAGUUCAACCCUACGGGUAUGUUUUGUGGACAGUAUUUGGCGAUAGGGAGGCUGGAUGGCUGCGUGACGAUCGUCGACUUCGAGACCAAGAGGACAAUCAAAUUCUUGAUGGGUCAUGUCAAGCCGAUCACCUCAUUGGACUGGAGCCGUAAUUCUCGCUAUCUGUUGAGCUCGAGUAGAGAUUGGAACGUGAUCAUUUGGGACUUAAACUCCGGUGAACGCGAGCAGACCGUGCGAUUCGAUGCUCCUGUCACCAGUGCCCAGUUCCAUCCAAUCAACAGAAAAUUACUCGUCGUCACUCUUCAAAGUCAAGAGGAAGCGGUUUUUGUUGAUCUUCGCUCUCAAGGUGGAAGAUGGGAAUUGGACGCGCGACAAUCUCGCCAGUCUACCAACCCAGACGAAAACCCAUCUACCCACGAGAGCCCGGAAAAGGACCAGGCUUCCUCUGGCAAACGUGCAUCGCGUCGGAAGAGACAGGCUGCUACCGUUGCUAGAUUCAAUCCCAGUGGUGACCUGAUCUAUGUUGGAACUUCUCAGGGCACGUUACAUAUAUUUGAUUGUAGAACUAAAGUCUUAGUGCAUAUCGAACAGAUCUCGAAUAACAACACCAUCAAGUCGAUGGAGUUUGACACUAAGGGCAGCUCAAUAGUCCUGAACUCGAACGAUCGAAUAAUCCGGGUGUAUAGUUUGAAGUUCAAGGCCGGAGAAUUGAUACCGUCGAUGAUUUUGGACCACAAAUUCCAGGAUACCAUCGUUCGCACUCCCUGGCAAGGCUGCGGAUUUGGCUCGGAGUAUGUCGUUGCUGGCGCAGGCCAUAAAGACUCCCAUCAGAUAUUCAUUUGGGAUCGUAGUUCGGGAACGUUGACUAAAAUCUUGGACGGGCCUAAAGACCCUUUGGAAGCUUUUGAUUGGCAUCCCACUCGACCGAUUGUAGCGUCGGUCUCAAUAUUGGGGUUGAUCCAUAUCUGGGUCACUGGCGUGACUGAGAACUGGAGUGCGUAUGCGCCUGGGUUCGACGAGCUGGAUGAGAACGUUGAAUAUCGUGAAAGGGAGGACGAAUUUGAUUACGAAGAUGAAUCGGAUCUUGAAAGAAGGCGAAAAGACGAACAAGAAGGAUCCAUCGAGAUUUCCAAGGCUGAAGAGAAUGUGUACUCGAACCGGAUCGAAGUUCACAAGAAGCGGAGGAAACUGCUGUUAGCUGCGGGUACCGAGGACGAUCGGGAGUUGCUGAAAGAACUGGACCAGGUCGAGCUCGACGAUUUCAUCAUGUUCGAACUCGAUGAGCAGGAUUCGAAAGACGACUUCUUCAUCCCUAUCGAUUAUCGUCUGGAAUUCCAACAUCACGCCUCCACUCAUGAUGAUGAUGAGCAUAAUAACAACUCUCCUCAUUUCUCCAUUGACAGCUCAUGA